UGGAAGUAUGAUGUAUGCAACACAUUGCACUCGUCCUGAUAUUGCUUUUGCUGUAAGCAAACUGAGUCAGUAUAUUGUUAAUCCAGGGACAGAACACUGGAAGGCAGUGGGUAGAGUACUUGGAUACCUGAAAAGGACCAGUAACUUAGAACUGACAUACACGUCUUCUUCCAGAAUACUUGAAGGUUAUUCUGAUGCAAGCUGGAUUGAUCGCACAAAUGAUUCAAAAUCUACAAGUGGGUGGAUUUUCACUCUAGCAGGAGGAGCAGUUUCUUGGGCGAGCAAGAAACAGACGUGUAUUGCCCACUCGACUAUGGAAGCUGAGCUCAUAGCGCUAGCUGCGGCUGGUAAGGAAGCAGAGUGGAUUAGAGAUCUACUUACUGACAUCCGUCUGUGGGAUGUUCCAAUGCCGUGUAUUCCCAUGUAUUGUGAUAGUGAGGCCACACUAUCUAAAGUGUACAACGCAGUGUAUAAUGGGGGAUCAAGACACAUAGGUCUUCGGCACAAUUAUGUGAGACAAUUGCUUGAAAGUGGUACCAUCAAGGUUGUCUAUGUCAAGACAAGUAAGAACUUGGCAGAUCCAUUUACUAAACCUCUGACGAGAGAUUUGGUUGUGAAUACCGCGAGAGACAUGGGUCUAAAACCACAAUAGAAUCGUUAGUGAUGGAAACCCAACUUGAACUUAGUGCUCCUAUUUCUCAAGUUUAAAGGGUAACAACGAAGUCACUUAACGAUAGAAGGUACUAUCAAAUUUGAUAGAUCCAUGUGAGGUAUGAUAGUACGUCGUUGCCGAGAACAAGGGUGAGCUUAUGCUCUUAACAAAGUUUUGGAGGCAUCCAAGCAACGUGGAUGAUGUAAAACUUUGCCUAUAUGAUCUAGGGGUGGUGCCGCCUCGAGUGAAGAUUAGUGGUUUAUCUUCUAAAGGGUCAUGAAAAGGAUUUAUAGCGCACGGCCAUAUUCGCGCUCAGUGAGAACGCAAAGUCAACUGGUGAUGUGUGGGGGUAAACCGAAGGGGGCUAUCAGGUUAAUGGUUUAAUUCCAUAGGACACCAUCUAAUCUGUCUCUUCUUGUUUAUCAACA